AGCAAAAUGGCUGUGAACCCACUGGACCUCUGGAACCGUUGGGCCAUCCAGAUCCUACUGCUCUUCAGCCUCAGCCUGCAUGUCCUCCUCCUACCUCUUGCCGGAAUCCGGCGACGCAGGGCCUCCAUGUUCCUGAGGGUCCCUCUGUGGCUGGCAUACCACCUCGCUGACACGAUAGGCAUCUAUGCAAUUGGACUCCUCUCCCUGAGCAGCGCGCUGCGCGACCAUCGGCUCAUGCCAUUCUGGGCACCCUUCCUUCUCCUACACCGCGGCGGCCCGGACAGCAUCGCCGCCUACGCGUUCCAUGACAACCAGCUCUGGCUGCGCCACCUCCAAGUUUUCAUCGUCAAGGUGCUAGCAGCAACGUACAUCCUCUACAAGCAUCUCCCUCGAGAUGACACCUUCCUCAUCCUAGCCGCCUUGUUGAUGUGGGUGGUCGGCAUCGGCAAGUAUGCAGAGAGGGUUGUGGCAAUCAGGGGCGGUACCAUGAGCAACAUCCGAAACUCUCUCAAGAAGCAACCAAUCGCUAGGCCAUUACAUGUUCCACAUAUGCAAGCGUGCAACGGUGGAUUCUUGGCUGGAGAAAGAUCCCGAGCACAACACCUUUGA